AAUCUUUAUCUUUUUCUGCUUCAGCUUCAAAUCUUUCUUCACAGAAUGAGUUGACCAUACCAAAAGAGUCUUGUAAAGAGAGAUAAUGGAUCACCAUUCCUAAGGUUGAAUUUUUUAGAUUGUUGAUAUUGAAGCUCUCCAACUCAGAAGCUUUCUCACUCUAUCCCCUCACCCUCGCUCUGCUUUGCUGUCUCCACCAACUGCAACUCCUAAACUUCUAUAUGCCAACCUCUUGAUCAAUAACUUGUUAUACACAUCUACUUAACAAUCUAACACAAAUGUUGAUGCCACCCAUUGCUCUUGACAAAUGGAGCCGACACCCAACUGUGAAGUGGGCCCAGAGAUCUGACAAGCUCUACCUCACUGUUGAGUUACCUGAUGCUAAAGAUGUAAAGCUCAAGCUUGAACCUGAAGGGAGAUUCAUGUUCUCUGCCACCAAAGAUGAUGUACCUUAUGAAGUUGAUAUCGAACUGUUUGAUAAGAUCAAAGUUGAGGAUAGCAAGUGUAAUGUUGGAGUCAGAAGCAUCGUCUAUGUCAUUGCAAAAGCAGAGAAGAAAUGGUGGGCUAGGCUAAUUAAGAACGAAGGAAAACCACCCGUGUUCCUUAAAGUUGACUGGGACAAAUGGGUUGAUGAAGAGGAUGAAAAUGAGAAAGUUGGCAUGGAUUUUGAUGACAUGGACUUUUCGAAAUUAGAUAUGGGUGAGGAUGACUUUGAUAUGGAUGAGUCAAAGGAUGAGGAAGAAGGGUUCGAAGCAGAAGAGGAGGAAGGCAAAGGAAAAGAAAAGCAGGUUGCAGCAUUGGCUGAGGAGGCUAAAGCUUAAGUGCUUGAGGCAAGAGGUGUAGUCUUGGAUUCAUAUCAUAUUAAUUACAGUUUGUUUGUGUAUAGGGUUUGGCCUUUGUUCAGCAAACAAGUUGUAAAGUGUAAUGUGGAGGGUUAGAUUUUCAUCCCUUCUAAUCAAAUAACCCUUUCUCUAUUUCAGAAACCAAA